CUAAAUGGGUCAACAUCAGAAAGGGAGCAAGCAAGAGGGAUUUCUGGAGAUUUCCAGAACACCACGGUCUCUUGCCCCUGCUAUUCCUACCCGUCACUAAAUGCUCUCUCCAGAAAUGUCCACGCUUCUCUUUAAAUAUUGCUAAUUCAUCUACCAUUCCACCGAUUCUCUCGAAACAUCUUUCUCUGAUUACAAGAACAUAUCAAACAUGUCUCAAGAUCUGUUAAAAUUUAGCUUUUCUCUUCCUUUAUCUUCAAGAAGCACAUAUAGAGGAUCAAGAAACUUCUGCUUCUCGAAAACAAAUGGGGCCGGCUUUAAUUCCCUCCACAAGAACAACAAUAGCACCAAAGUCAUGGCAGCGGAUAACAGAGACAAUCUUGACCACCUGCAGAGGGCCAGCAAACAUCAUCAACAGACGCAACCCAAGAAAAGAGUGGUUCCUGUUGCACCAGUAGGUUUGUGGGACAGAUUCCCAACAGCCAGAACAGUGCAGCAGAUGAUGGAAACGAUGGAGAGAAUGAUGGAGGACCCAUUUACCUACUCCAGCGGGUGGCCAUCACCACCAUCUAAUAAUGGAAGUGGGUACGGCAGAGGAAGGACACCAUGGGAAAUAAAAGAGGGAGAAAGCGAGUACAAGAUGAGGUUUGACAUGCCUGGAAUGACCAAGGAGGAUGUGAAGGUGUUUGUUGAGGAGAAUAUGUUGGUUGUGAAAGCAGAGAAGGUGCCGAAGAAGAAAGUAAAUGGUGGAGAGACUGGGGAAGAAGAAGAAGAAGAGUGGUCUGCCAAGAGCUAUGGAAGGUAUAGCAGUAGAAUUGCAUUGCCUGAGAACAUUGAGUUUAAGAAUAUCAAAGCUGAGGUUAAGGAUGGAGUCUUGUACAUAAACAUCCCUAAAGCUAGUCCCACUGGCAGGAUUCUUGAUAUCGAUGUUAAGUGAUGAGUUUAGUUUAUAUAUGCAAAUAGCUUUUUGGUUUACUGUAAAAAUUUCCUUGGUUUUUGUUGGUUUAACAUUGAAGAAAUGUCUUGGAUGUAAACAGAACAGUUGUCUAAUCAUAUGCUCAUUGAGUGGAUUAGCAAUCGUUCAAUUUGUAAAAAAAUAUUUAAUUCGACUUUUUA